AUGGCUACUAAUUUGCUUCGUAAUGUCAUUGUCAUCGGUGGUUCAUUCGUUGGACGAACAACCGCCCAGGAGCUUGCAAAAUUCAUCCCACCAACGCACAGAAUCCUUCUGAUCGAAUGUCACAGCCAUUUCCACCACUUGUUCACAUUUCCUCGUUUUGCAAUAGUUGGAGGCCAAGAACACAAGGCGUUUGUGCCCUACAGUGGUAUAUUCUCUGGCCUGCCAAAUUCGGCCUCACAUGACAUUGUUCAGGCGCGUGUCUUGUCGGUUCAGUCUCAGCAUAUAGAGCUCGACCGGGAGUGGCAGGGAUCUCUACAAAUCCAAUUUGACUUUGCUGUACUCGCAACCGGUACACGUCUGUCGAAGCCAGCUGCAAUGGAAUAUGACGACAAACCAUCUUCAGUCGACUACUUGCAAAAGCACCAAGCAAACAUUAAGCAUUCACAAUCAAUUUUGAUUGCUGGCGGAGGUGCCGUUGGCGUGCAGAUGGCGACCGAUUUGAAAGAGUACUAUCCAGAUAAGGAUGUUACGGUGGUCCAAUCGCGGUCUCGGGUGAUGCCAAACUUCCACCCUGAACUCCAUGAACUCAUUCAGCGACGAUUUAACGAGCUCGGGAUCAAACUUAUCACUGGGUCCCGAGUGACUAUCCCAGAAGGGGGCUUUCCCAACAAUGGCACCCCGUUCGAGGUGAAGAUUACGAAUGGCCCCACUGAAUCCGCCGAGUUCGUCAUUCUUGCAACCGGACAAUCACCAAACAACCAAUUAGUCUCCGGUCUGAAGCCGUCGGGGAUCUCUAGUCCAUCUAUAAUAAAUCCAGAUAAUGGAUUUAUUCGUGUCCGACCGACAAUGCAGUUCCUGGAUGAGAAGUACUCCAAUUUGUUUGCAGUGGGCGAUAUCGCCGACACGGGUGCACAAAAAGCUGCACGACCUGGCUCAGUUCAAGCAACCGUGGUUGCCAAGAAUAUCCAGGCAUUGAUUGAGGGUCGAAAACCAGAGGAUACCUUUGUAAAAGGACCGGGGGCCAUUCACUUGACCUUGGGCAUGAAACACAACCUGAUAUUCCGCGAUCCGAAUACAGCGGAGGGACAAACAGAGCCUUGGAUCAAUGAAAAGCAAGACGGCCAGGAGGAUAUGAAUGUGGAAGCAAUGUGGCAAAGGUUAGGUAUUGCGGUGGAAAACCCACGUCAGUACCACCUCUGA